AUCCAGCCGGGCAAAAGCUUUGUCUGAGUUGAAGUGAAGUUCCACCGAUUUUUAGACGGGAGUCAGCAAUCUGGGCUACUUAGCCGCCAGAAGCUGAGGAGAGCGAGCGUUAAAGAGAGUCUCUCUUCGGGAAGAAACCGCGCCGCCGCCGCCGCCGCCGCCGCCGUCGCGCAGCCUCGGCUCCCUUCCUUCGACACUCGGUGAAUAAUAGCUGCAGCGGAAGGAAGAAGCCUGGAUGUGCAAACCUCUCGGACGAGAAGAAGCGGAGGAAUCCGAGCCGGCUUGCCUACGGGAUGUAUACUGGGAGCUCCGCCACCUCGGUCUCGCUGUAGGCAACUUUUCCUGAGCGGCUGGGACGUGGCAUUCCGUUUCAGAAGGAAGGUUUGCAAGCGCGGGUUUUUCCCUCCUUUUUUUCCAGCUUUUCCUCCCAAUUUCCCAAGGACCAAAUGGACGUUGGGUUUGAGGGGACCGAGAUUAAGUUAAGCGAAUUGCUUUUGUAACUUGUGGGCAGGAAGAAGCCGGGAGCCUGUGCCGCGAUGCCGCGUUUGGGUCGAAAAAGGCACUUUAUGCUUCUCUUUGCAGUGGCGACCGUCAUGUCCUGCUGGGAAGGCGCAGCGGGCAAAAAUCUGAAAUACAGGAUAUACGAGGAGCAGAGGGUUGGCUCGGUCAUUGCCAGGCUUUCCGAAGAUGUCGCCGACGUUUUGUAUAGGUUGCCUAACCCUUCUUCGGUGCGGUUCAGAGCCAUGCAGAGGGGGAAUUCUCCGUUGUUGCUGGUUCGGGAGGACAACGGAGAGAUCAGCAUUGGAGCUAAAAUUGACCGGGAGCAACUCUGCCAGAAAAACUUAAACUGUUCCAUAGAGUUUGACGUGAUCACUCUGCCGACUGAACAUCUGCAGCUUUUCCACGUCGAGGUUGAAGUGUUGGAUAUUAAUGACAAUUCGCCUCAAUUCUCCAGAGCUCUUAUUCCUCUUGAAAUCUCGGAGAGCGCAGCCGUAGGUACGCGGAUUCCUUUGGAUAGUGCUUUUGAUCCAGAUGUUGGGGAAAAUUCCCUCUACACAUACUCACUUUCGGCCAACGAUUUCUUUACCGUUGAAGUUAGAACGAGGACAGAUGGAGCCAAAUAUGCAGAGUUGAUUGUGGUGCGGGAACUGGACCGGGAGCUGAAAUCGAGCUAUGAACUCCAACUAACUGCCUCCGAUAAUGGUGUCCCUCAGAGAAGUGGAUCAUCUCUCCUGAAAAUCAGCAUUUCAGAUUCUAAUGACAAUAGUCCAGUUUUUGAACAACAGACGUACAUUAUUCAACUUUUAGAAAAUUCACAUGUUGGCACAUUGCUUAUUGACCUCAAUGCCACUGACCCAGAUGAAGGUGCCAAUGGCAAAGUUGUCUACUCCUUUAGUAGUCACGUGUCCCCCAAAAUUAUAGAGACUUUUAAAAUGGACUCUGAAAGGGGUCAAUUAACUCUUCUGAAACCAGUGGAUUAUGAAACCACCAAAUCCUAUGAAAUUGAUGCUCAGGCACAAGAUUUGGGUCCAAAUUCAAUUCCAGCUCACUGCAAAAUCAUUAUUAAGGUUGUUGAUGUGAAUGACAACAAGCCUGAAAUCAAUUUAAACCUGAUGUCUCCAGGAAAAGAAGAAAUUGCCUAUAUUUCUGAAAAAGCAUCCACAGAGACUUUUGUGGCCCUUGUUAGGGUGCAAGACAAAGAUUCUGGACUGAAUGGAGAAGUGGUUUGCAAGCUUCAUGGACAUGGGCAUUUUAAACUUCAGAAGACAUACGAGAAUAACUAUUUCAUCUUAACAAAUACUUCUUUGGAUCGAGAAAAGCGAUCUGAAUAUAGCCUGACAGUCAUAGCAGAAGACAAAGGAACUCCAAGUCUUUCUACAGUGAAACAUUUUACUGUCCAGAUCAUUGAUGAAAAUGACAACCCACCCCAAUUUCAGACAAAUAGAUAUGAAAUUGUAAUUUUGGAAAAUAAUUCUCCAGGUGCAUAUAUCACCUCUGUUACAGCAACUGAUCCAGAUCUGGGAGAUAAUGGGCAGGUGACCUACACUAUCUUGGAGACACUAUCUAUUUUGGGAAGUUCCAUAACUACAUAUGUGACCAUUGAUCCCUCUAAUGGAGCCAUCUAUGCACUUAGGACUUUUGAUCAUGAGGAAGUAAACCAGAUAGUCUUUAUGGUUCAAGCCAGAGAUGGAGGAAGUCAACAAUUGGCUAGCAAUACAACAGUGGUACUAACUAUUAUUGAUGAAAAUGAUAAUGCUCCUUUGAUUGUGGGGCCUGCACUGCACAACAAUACAGCAGAGAUUUCAAUCCCCAAGGAAGCUGACAGUAACCAUUGCAUCACUAGGAUAAGAGCCAUAGACAGAGACUCAGGGGUUAAUGCAGAACUAAGCUGCUCAUUAGCAACUAGUAGUGAAGAAGGCCUCUUUGUGAUGGAUCCACAGACAUGUGACAUUUAUCUUAAUGCUAGUAUUGAAUCUGUUACAUCAACAGAAUGGGAACUUACAGUGGUUGUUAGGGACAAAGGAAGCCCUCAAUUGAGUACUAAAGCACUUCUGAAAUGCAGUGUUGUUAAAAAUAUUUAUCAACUUUCAUCUACAGAAGCAACAUACACAAGCCAACCUCCUCUAGAUAUUUCCAUGAUCACAAUAAUAUCAUUAGGAGCAAUAUGUGCAGUUUUGUUGGUGGUCAUGGUCGUCUUUGCUACAAUGUGUAAUCGUGAGAAGAAAGACACCCGGUCUUAUAAUUGUCGUGUUGCAGAAUCCACAUACCAGCAUCAUCCCAAAAGGCCAUCAAGACAGAUUCACAAAGGGGACAUUACAUUAGUGCCUACCAUUAAUGGUACUUUACCAAUCAGAUCCCACCACAAAGCUUCACCUUCAUCAUCUCCAACCCUGGAAAGAGGGCAAAUGAGCAGUCGACAAAGCCAUCACAGUCAUCAGUCUUUAAAUAGUCUGGUGACCAUCUCAUCAAAUCACGUACCUGAGAAUUUCUCUCUUGAGCUCACUCAUGCUACUCCUGCUGUUGAGGUGUCUCAGCUUCUCUCCAUGCUUCAUCAAGGCCAAUAUCAACCAAGGCCAAAUUUUCGAGGCAACAAGUAUUCCAGAAGCUACAGAUAUGCCCUUCAAGAUAUGGAUAAGUUCAGCCUGAAAGAUAGUGGCCGUGGUGACAGUGAAGCAGGAGACAGUGAUUAUGAUUUAGGGAGAGAUUCUCCUAUUGACAGACUUCUUGGAGAAGGAUUCAGUGACCUUUUUCUUACGGAUGGGAGAAUUCCCGCAGGUUUGCUCUCACAGGAAGAAAUGGAGAAGGAACUGCUACGUUGCACUUUGCACACUUGGAAGAGAGAGUACAAUAUUUGCUUAUCAAACAAAGCAAUGAGAUUAUGCACAGAGGAAUGCAGAGUCCUGGGACAUUCUGACCAGUGCUGGAUGCCACCACUGCCUUCCCCAUCUUCUGAUUAUAGAAGCAAUAUGUUUAUACCAGGAGAAGAAUUUCAGCCUCAGCAAAGCCAGCCACCACAGGAGGAGGAGGAUCAUCAGGAGGUUGAAUCGCCUGAAAAGAAAAAGAGCUUUUCAACUUUUGGCAAAGACAAUCAGAAUAUGGAAGAAGCAGCUGACAUAUGUACCUCAUCUCUACUCUCUGAAAUGAAUAGCGUCUUCCAACGUCUCUUGCCUCCUUCAUUGGAUGCUUACACAGAGUGUAAUGAAAUAGAGCCUCCCAGCUCAUUAGAGCGCAGGAAAGGACAUUUGCCAGCCAAGACUGUAAGCUAUCCACAAGGGGUGGCAGCCUGGGCAGCCAGUACUCAUUUUCAAAACCCUGCAAACAGCACUGGGCUUACUUUGGGAACUCAUUCAGGUGCCCAGCCUUCUUCAAAAUGGCUACCUGCCAUGGAGGAAAUUCCAGAGAACUAUGAGGAAGAUGAGUUUGACAAUGUGCUUAACCACCUUAGUGAUGGUAAACAUGAACUCAUGGAUGCUAGUGAACUGGUGGCAGAAAUUAACAAGCUGCUACAUGAUGUCCGGCAGAACUAGAGUGUCUUAUUUCAUAGCAUCUUAAUUUUCCAUAUUUUUGGAAAACGAAGAGAUGGGAACCCAUAAUGAAAAGAACUGGCAUUGCCAAUUAGUUACAUUUAUCAUAAAUGUGUCUGUGUAUGUUGAAUCUUAAAAUACUGUAUUUUCAUAUGUACACAAUGCAAGUGUGAUUAUCUUUAACUGUAUUUUAAAAAUACAUUUGUAUCUUAUAUUUAUGCAUAAUUUAACAAAUAAAUUUUAUUUUUGUACUCCCAUGGCAAGCAUGUUUUUCUACAUAUAAACAGCUGACACCAUUUGUGUCAACUUACAGUAUUUCUAUCACAAGUGUAUAAAUACUCAAAAACUAAGGGAUGCCAUUUUCCAUGGGUUUCUCUACAAGCGUUUAAUGUUAUGAUACAAAAUUGAAUAAAUUGAAACUUUAUCCAAAUGGAAAUUUCAAUAAUUAAUGAUCUAAGAUCUUAUUGCAAUGUUUCAAUUCUUAUAAUAAAGAGUUGUCAACUUUC